AUGACAGCACGAGCUGGGAUACGACUUAGUAUCUGUAGUGUGAUAUGGGGAAGGAUACGCACUCAUAGCCCGCUCGGCUUUGUUGCAAGCAACAACAGUCCCAAACAUCGUUCAUUUCGUCCACAUUAUCAAACCCAAAGAGAAGCCGGCCUUCCUACCUUCGGAUUCGAAUUCCGCCACUUCAUUGCCAUAUACUCUGCAUGGCACUUCCUCAAACCAGAGACCAUCUACAUCCACACCAAUGUGGUGGACGACAUUGUCAAAAAGGAGAUCGCGACCGCCAUCAACCCGUACAUGCAAGCCAUCGGCAAGAUAUCCAACCUUGAAUCCGUCCAUUCAACACCUCCUACGAACACCACGACAGGCAAAACAGUCGUAGCACUACCCAACAUGUCCGAUUUUGUCCGCACUGAUGCGCUCGUAAAAUACGGGGGUAUCUUCCUUAACGAGGACUCCUACGUCCUCCGAGACCUGAAACCACUUCGCGGCACCGGUUUCGAAAAUUUCAUAGGAAGACAGAUGAAUGGCCAGAUUUGUCCCGCAGUCCUCCUAUCCACGCGCGACAACAAUUUCAUGAAAGCCUACCACGCCCUACAAGACGUCAUCUUCGACGGACAAUGCAACGACGUCGGCAAGCCUGCUGUCAACAACCACCCUAUCGACAACCUUACAGACUUCAUCGAGAACUUCCAGCUCAUUCCGCCAAACACCUGGCAGAGAGAUUGGCGCUUAUCGAACACGCUGCACGGAUGGACUUCUUCGCUGCUUGGUGGUACACAGACGUUGCUAUCUACGGAUGAGAGCAAGAAGAUCUUUGGCGCUUUUGAUGGCAUUAAUUUCGAGUAUGUGCAAGCGCAGAACAGUAACUUUGCGCGGGCUGUGUACCCGGCUGUGAAGCAUGCGCUGGAUAAUGGGUUUCUGGAUGGGGUCAAGGGUCACGUCAUUGAUCAAGAAGCACCGCAGCGGGGGCAGCAGAAGGAGCUGGGCGGAGCAGCGGCUGAUUGA